AAACUUCGUUGAUUAGUUUGUGCUGCGGAUGGGCGUUUUCACAUUGGAAAUUGUUCUGCAGAAUCUUGAGGGUCCAAAGACGGUGGGAAGAUGGUCUUCCAAAGGGGAGAAGAAGACCUUGGCGCUACGUCUCUCCAACCUGGCUCCUGUGCUUCUGGAGGCGUCCCUUUCCGGGGAGUUUCAUGGCCGGGGGAAGGCGCUAGUCUUCGACUUGCCUGCAGAGCUGCAAAGUGGAGAAGCGCCCUUGCCGUUAUGGAUCAUGCUGUUGCUGCUGGCACCUGGUGCGCCUGAGGACGCCAAUAGGUGCGCGACCUUAGUGGCCUCCAGCUGUAUCGACUUGCGAUAUGAAGUCAUGGAUGCCUUGAAUCGGCAAGCCGACUUGAGUGCCUCUCCGGUGCCCUUCUUCCGCCGAUGUCGCUUCGGGACAGGGCGAGUUACGGGGGACUUGGGCGAGGACCCCCCAAAUAUGUCCACUUGGAACGCCACGACAUCGCAUCCGCCGCCGGCCACCUUGGGCUUCCAGACCUUGGACGCGGCGGACCAUGGCUGCCAGAAGAUUGAUCCCCCCAACAUGGUGGUCUCAGUGGCGGAGCUUGGUGGCGCCAUGGUGCGUGAGGGCAAGAGUUUGAGCUCCCGCCUCGUGGCCCGACUGGGUGUAGGAGCUGUUGUGUCUGAGCUGGAACGGGCUGGAGAGCGCUUGCGUUUCAAGAAGGUCUCAGGCAGCGGCCCUGAGAGCGGAUGGGUCAGUCUGGCAGCUCAGAUCCGGAGGCGCUCGGCUGCUGGAACCCUGCGCCGCAUCAAAGGCACCGAAAUUUGCGCGGCCUGUGGCUGGUAA